AUUUCCACUUCCCUAAAAAAAAAAAAACAUUUCCACUUCCACCCUCUUCUCUCUCUCUCUCUCUCUCUCUCUCUCUCUCUCUCCCGUUAACUUCAACCAGGGGUCACCUCUUCCAUUUUAUAUCACAAACCAAUUUCAUUCAAGCAAAAACAAUUCAUACCCCCACCAAAAGGAAAAGUAAAUUGAAAAAGAAAGGAAAUUCAAGACCCACGAGCGGCAGAGAAAGGAGAAUUUGAGGGGGUGUUUUUUAUAUGAUAGUUGGUUUGGUGGUCGUCUUCUUCGUGCUUCGAAUCAACAUCUAUUAUUAGUUCAUGUGCUUGUUCGUGAAGGUGGCGGACCAACAAGGCGGCGGCAGCGGCGGCGGCGAUAGCUACUUUCCCCCUUUCACUUCUUCCUCCUCCUCUUCUUACCCCGGCGGCGAUCAGGAUGCGGCUGAAAAUAGCAGUAAUCGACAAAAAGAUGAAGCCUUUUUGCCGCUCCCGAACACCCCACAAGAUUUCGCUCCUGCCCAUCUCCGUCAUCAAUUCCAAUUCAGCCAUCCCAAUCCGAAUCAGCAGCAAGUUGCGGCGGGGGAACAGGGGAAUUUGAUGAUGAAUAUGGAUACUCCUUCAGGGCACAGGAGCGCCAGAGAUAUGUCCGCCAUGGUUUCGGCUCUCACCCAUGUCGUCUCCGGCACCGGAAGAUUGGGCUCCAGCGGUGGAAUAGCGACGACAGCAUCGUCGCCGCCGCCGCCGCAGGUGUCGAGUACUUCUUCGGGGGUCUCUGCUGGCUCUGGUUCCUCUGCAGGGGUGUGGGCGGCGGUCGGUCAGAAGAGGGAGAGAGAAGAGGAGACGGCUUCUGUCGCUCAAUUGAUGGAGCAGCGAGAAAGGAACUUUCGAGGUUUCGGUCGUGAUUUGAUUCAUGGGGGCGAUUCUUCUUCUUCUGGUGGUGCAACUGUCCAAGCAGAGGACUCAUCUAAUUCACAGGCGAUCCCUACGGCGGCGGCAGCCUCGCCGGCUUCCACGGAGUCUGGCGGCGCCGAGGGAGGUGAAAGGAGGAGGAGAUACAGAGGAGUGAGGCAGAGACCUUGGGGAAAAUGGGCGGCGGAGAUAAGAGACCCGCACAAGGCGGCGAGGGUCUGGCUGGGGACAUUCGACACGGCGGAGGCCGCAGCCAGAGCAUACGACGAGGCCGCCCUCCGAUUCAGGGGAAGCAGAGCCAAGCUCAAUUUCCCGGAAAACGCCCGCCUCCUUGCGCCGCCAAUGCUGAAUGUAAAUGUCCCAUCCGCCUCCACCGCGCGCCAAAUCAUUCCUCGCCUCAAUCCUGCUCCGCCGCCGCAGCCGUCAGCUCAAUUCCGUGGAUUUGCUCAGGCACCGUCGGCGGCGCGGCCUCAGCAGCAGGCGGAUUUGGUGAGGGAUUACUGGCAAUACUCUCAAUUACUACAGAGUUCCUCCGCUGCUGGCGGCGGAUUUCAGCAGCAGCCGCCUUCUACGCUAUUAGAGCAGUUGCUAUACAGCUCGCAGGUUCCGCCAGCUCUGCCGUUCGCUUCAUUGCCGUCGACGACUUCACCACCGUCGGUUCGCGCUCAAUCUCCUUCUCCUUCUUCUUCCUCCUCUGCUUCAUUUCCCCUGCUUUUCGCGGGUGAGCAGCAGCCCGGUCAUUACCAGCCGCAACAGAGCCAGAAUCCGAAUCCAAGUCAGACGCCGACCUCCGUGUCGGAUUUCCCGGUGCCGCCGUGGGCGCAUUCUAGUCCUUACCCGCCGUCUACCGGUUGAUUUUCAAAAAACAGUUGGGUUUCCUAUAUACAGUUUCCCCUUUUCUUUUUCUUUCUUUUGAGGUGGAAAAUUUUAGUAUAUUCAUAUAGUUGGAUUUUCUUUUGUUUUUGCAGUGAUUUUUUUUUAAUUUGAUAGUAAUUCUUUUCUAUAGUUGAGGCUAUACAAAAGGAUAAGCUGGUAGGAUUAUUAUAUUACGUUUUGUAUAAAGAAAAGAAGCAGACAGAUAGAUGAUAUGAAUUGGAAUUUUUAAUAGGAGUUUGCAUCAUAUAUUGAGAUGGGUACGUUUCAUUCUUGAAGAUUUGCUUGAUGUCAACAUUAUCCAUUAUGGAUCCAUGAUUUUUUAUGCCUUUUUAAUUGACCUACUUGUCAAAAAAAAUAAAGAAAAAUUUGACCU